AUGUCUCAAUCAAUUGAUUUUCGUAUAAAUGAUUUUAUAAAUGAAUAUCUCGAUUAUAAAGGUUAUACAAAUACAGUUGAUACAUUUUCAAAAGAACGAGAAAAUCGUAAAGAACCAAUUAAUAAAAUAGUUAAAGGAAAUUUAUAUGAAAAAGAAAAAGAAAAAUAUCAAACUAUCAAAGAAAAUUUAUUAAAAUAUCUAAAUAAUGGAAAUCGAGAAGAAUUUUUUCAACUUUGGUCUGAACAUAUCCCAUUAAAUAUUAUUGAUAAUGAUCCAUCAUUAAAAUCACUUGAAUUUUUAAUUUAUGCUCAUUUUGCUAUUUAUUAUUUACGUUCAAAUAUAUCAAAUAAAAAUGAAAAACUAGCUCAAGAAAAUAUGUACGAAUUUAAACUAUAUAUCGAAUCCAUUAAAGGUCAAGCUAUAUCACAAACAAGUGAUAUAUUAUCUUUAUUUGCUUUACCAUAUGUUACAGAACCAGAAAAAAAUGCUUCGUUUCAAGAAUUAUUUUCAGAUAAAUGGUCUAUACAAUUACAUACAAAAGUAUCAAAUUUUCUUGAUUGGAUUUUUUCCAAUCGACCAUUACCAAGUCUUCUUGAAUUAUUAGAAAAUGGUGAACGUGCAUCACAUUUAUUAUCACAAAUAAAUAAUGAAAAUGAAGAACUUAAAUAUCGAAAUAGAGAAACAAAUAGACAAAUUAAACAUAUAAGUACAGAUUAUUGUAAUUUAAUUAGUAUUACAAUGGAAUUAGUUGAAACAUUACAACAAGCUGUUGUAGGACGAACUAUUACAAAUAAAUAUAUUGAUAAUGUAUGUGCACGACUUGGUCUAGCACGAAUACAUGAAUCCAUGUUUACUAUGCCAGAUUCUGCUCGAUUAGGAAUGGAUGAUCCAUUAACAGAAAAAUUAGAUUAUAGUAAAAUAAAACGAGAUAUUGUACAUAUAUCAACUAGUUCACGUGAAAAAGCACUUUUACUUCAAGCACUUCGUUGGAAAUUAACAAAAGCUAAAACAGAUUUUAAACGUGAAAAAACACUUGAAUGUUUUAUUGGUUGUGAUUUACUUGGUUGUCGUUCUGAUCUUGAUCAACAAACAAAAAUUAUUAAACAAUUAUCAUCAACAACUGGUGGUGAUACAUAUUAUGUUAAAGAAGAAUGGGCUCGUUUAAUUAAUACAAUUGCUUCAUUAAGAAAAGGUCGAAAUUAUUUAUCACCAAAUGAAUCAUUAAUUAUUUGUAUGCAAAAAGCAGCUAUGUCAGAAACAUCAGAUACACUUAUUAAACAACAUUUAUUAGCAGCAUUACAAAAACUUAGUCUUAAACGAUCUGUACAAUCUUUACUUAUCAAUCAAAAUGCAAUUAAAUGGUUAAUACCAUUAUUAAGCAAAACAGAUCGUCUAUCUGAUUAUACUCUUGAGUAUGGAGUUGCUUUAUUGAUGAAUUUAUGUUUACGUACAAAUGGUCGUAAAAAAUGUACUGCUAUAGCUGAACAAGCUAUAACUGUACUUUCAGCUCUAUUAACUCAUCCAAAUCAUGAAACUCGACCAUAUGUGAAUUCUUCAUUAUAUUCAAUAUUAACUUUAAAAUCUAUACGUGAUAAAGCUAUGCAACUUAAUCUUGAUAAUCGUCUUCGAUCUAUUAUUCAAACAGAAAAAACAAAUUCUGAAACAAAAGGUCAAUUAGAAUUUUUACUUAAUCUUCUAUAUAAAGGUGGUGAUCAAGAUAAUCGACAAACAUCAGAUAAUGAACAAGAUAAUGAUGAUGAAGAUCAAGAUAUUAUGGAAGCUGAUUUAGAUCUUGGUGAUAAAUUACGUCCAUCAGAUAAAGAAUUAAGUGGUGAAAAAUUAAUUAUUGAACAUUAUGCUUCUCAAAAAAUAACAAAUUUUCAAACAUCUUAUAAUAAUAUAUUACAAAGUUCAUCAACAAAUGAUCCUGUUCUUCAUCGACCAAUAACACCUGGUCAAUUACGUUAUUCAAAAGUUGCACAUACAAUUGAUUCUUUUGCAAAUAAUCUUUCUAUUGGUGAUAUACAUAAUAAUCAUAAUGAUGAAUAUGAAAAUAAAAUAUUGACAAGUUCAACAAAAAGAUCUUCAUCAGUUAAUAGUACACCAAUAAUACCAAAUGAUCAAGAAAAAGAUAUAAAUAAUGAUUUUGAUCAAUCAACAAAUAUACAAAAACCACCAACACCUAUGAAAUAUUCAUUUAGUGAACCACAUCGAUCUAAUUCAAAUGCAUCUAUGCAUUCAUCAGUAUCAUCUGUUAUUGAAUUAAAUAAUGAAAAUAUAAAUAAACAAUCUUAA